CUCCCCUCCAUUUCGGUCGGAACGACUCGAGUGCUGCAGAAAACCUCCCUCCGGAAUUACGGAAACCACGGAGGGGAAGACGGCAGAAAUGGAUCACCGAACGUCUCCACCAAACUAGCAGAGGCAAAUCGAUAGCACAAGCAUGGCGACCGCCUGUCGUCCCCCAUCGAGAGCGGGGAGCCUGGUGCGUUCCCGCAUCCUGCAGCGGUUUGGGGAUUCUUCUCUGCGUUCGGUUCCGGCGUUCCAAACCGGCGGUUCCCGGCCGUUGUCCUUCGGCCCGGCCGUGGGCAGGGAGUUUGUGCACGCCCGCUCUUUUCCGGCUUCCACCGGGUCCCCGGYUCGUCYCCCGCUCGGUCGGCGUCGCCGAUCCACGCUGGGGGCGCUGCGGGAACUGGUCCGGUCYGAGGCCCUCCGGCCGGAUCGGGCCCAGGAGAAGGUUGCCAAGAGGCUCGACCGGCUGCAGGCGGCCCUCGUCGACUACGACAACUCGGUGCUCUUCCGGGAGACCGGGGGUCCCGAACCAGCGGACGGACCCGGCCGCAAGCGAGACGAACGCAAGGGGAAGGCUUCCACCGGAGACGAGCGGAGCGAGGACCCCACUGUUGCKGACCCCGGGGCUCGUCCGCCGGUGCCGGCGCUAAAGAUUCCGAGGGGGCUCUACGUGUACGGAAACGUUGGAACGGGCAAGACGAUGCUCAUGGAUUCCUUUUACGARAACGCCAGGGUCCCGGGCGAGGGGCGGAAGCAGAGGUUUCACUUCCACGACUUUCUCUCGCAGAUCCACGCCACCGUCCACCGGCUGAAACAAAAGGACCUAGAGGAAAACGGCAGGAGUUUUUCRGUGGACACGUCCCUUUCCAACAACCCGAUCCACAAGGCCGGCCUGAAGAUAGCUUCUAGGCUUUCCCUUCUCUGUCUCGACGAGUUUCAGGUCACGGACAUUGCGGAUGCCGUCAUCUUGUCCCAGCUUUUUUCGGUGUUGUUUAGGCACGGAACGGUUGUCGUCGCUACCUCCAACCGACCGCCCAAAGACUUGUACGAGGGAGGCCUGAACCGGUCGUACUUUCUUCCCUUUAUCGAUCUGUUGGAGCACCAUUGCAUCACCUAUCACAUUCCAUCGGAACGGGAUUACCGAAGGCUACUCUCGAACUGUUCUUCCUUUUUCAUCCGGCUAGACAGUGGGACCGAUGGCCGAAUCGACACAGAAAAAGUCGACGCGCUCGUAAAAGAGCUGGCCGCAGAAUGCGUUUCGAAAGGUGGCUGCCGUGGUGCCAAAACASAGCCCCGAUCGGUCGAACUGGAGGUGGGCUUCAACCGGAGCCUGACCAUCCGGCAGGCAUACUACGGAGACGACGAGGGAAGGCUUCCGCCGAGAAUGGCGCGGUUGUCCUUCGAAGAGCUCUGCGACGCGGACCUCGGUGCCAUGGAUUAUCGCGCCAUUGCSAACGCCUUCGARAUCGUAGUCKUGGAGAACCUUCCGGCCAUGGACCUGGAGGGGCACAACCGGGCGCGGCGGUUCAUCACCCUGAUCGACGAGCUCUACGAGGGAAAGUGCGCCCUGGUGUGCUCCGCGCUCGACGCCGAGGCCCCGACCGACCUCUUUCGGGCUUGUGCCCAACCACUCCCGACCCCGCACGACGGCGACAGCCACGGCGAAACGGACAGCGAACGCGGCGCCCCCCUCGAGCCGCUGGGGAUCGACGUCGCCCAGGAGGGAGGAACCCCGGUCGGUGCCCUGGCCAGCGUGAGAGAGCUCUCGUUUGCCUUUGAGCGGUCCUCCAGCCGCAUCUUCGAGAUGUGUUCCCGGUCCUGGUGGGAGCGGGUUCUGGACCCGUCCGGAGCCAACGAAACCGGGGCGCCGCGACUGCCAAGCUAACUACGAAGUACACUACUGUAAUCGCGAAAGGAUUUUAGUUGUUGGAUUCGAUUCGAUUCGAUUCGAUUCGAUGCGGCCCGCUACAAUAACGCAACCCCGGCUAU